UAUGCUGUUGAGCAACUUAAUCAAAUAUCUUUGAACAUCCAUCUACUUUGUAGUUUUGAUAAUUGCCGAGGUUUUUGCACUGAUGCCAGUGUGUGGCAUAAACUCAAAGCAUGCGGAGGAUUUACAUUUUCGCUGGCUGAGUUUUCGCACUUGUUAUGCACUGAUUGUAAUUGUUUUCUUUUCAAUUGCCUCGGGAUUUUUGGCUGCGUUUGUGAUGCGUGUGAACUUUGAUUUCGAUUCGGUGGAAACGCUCAUCUUUUAUGGCUCUAUAUUUGCCAUCGCUGUGGCCUUCUUUCAACUGGCUAUGAAAUGGCCAGCCGUCGUUUUGGAGUGGCAAGUGGUAGAGUCCCAAUUGCCCAUGAUGCGUACGGAACGGGAACGAUCUGCAUUGGCUAUACAUAUACGAAAGAUUAUAAUCAUUGCCAUUGGUUGUUCGCUAGUGGAACAUCUGCUGAGCAUGCUGUCCAGCAUUUAUUAUGUGAAUGCCUGCCCGGUGUUGCCAAACCGACCCAUCGAUAGCUAUUUGGUAUUGAAUUUUUCCAUGUUUUUCCAUUUUGUCGACUACAAUUCGUUCCUGGGCAUAGUUGGCAAGGUGGUCAAUGUGCUGGCCACAUUCGCCUGGAGCUUCAAUGAUAUAUUCGUCAUGGCUGUCAGUGUUUCUUUGGCGGCACGUUUCCGUCAACUCAACGACAAUAUGCUUCGUGAGGCCAGAUUGCCCACUAGCGUUGACUAUUGGAUCCAAUGUCGCAUCAAUUUUCGCAAUCUUUGUAAACUAUGCAAUGUUGUGGACGAUGCCAUAUCUGUUAUAACCCUGCUAUGCUUCAGCAACAACCUUUACUUUAUAUGCGGCAAGAUUUUGAAGAGCUUACAAAAAAAACCUUCUGCAUCGCAUACGGCUUACUUUUGGUUUUCGCUGGGUUAUUUACUCUUUCGCUCUUUAAUACUCUCGCUGUAUAGUGCCAGCGUCAAUGAUGAGUCCAAGCGUCCGCUGCGCAUCUUUCAGCUGGUGCCCAGACAGUAUUGGUCCACAGAGCUGAAGCGCUUCUCGGAGGAGGUGCACAUGGAUCAAGUGGCUCUGACGGGCAUGAAGUUCUUUCGGCUUACGCGUGGCGUUGUCAUUGCGGUGGCUGGCACAAUUGUGACCUACGAACUGAUUUUACUGCAGUUCAACAAGGCGGACAAAGUUAAUGAUUGCUAUGAACAUUAA